AGGUGGAAUAGACCGGUCAGGGUAUAAUGCUGAAUAAGGGGGUGUGCUUGUUUUCUCUUGUCAGGAAGCUUUAGGAGAAGAGUCUGUCAAGAUGUCGCAGGGCGGCGGCGCAUCGAGUGGUCCCAAGAAGGGUCUGACGCUCGAUGACCUCAUCGCGGCUAUUGACAGGCAUGAAAGAAAUCCGAGCAAUAUCCCCAAGGUCGAUACCUUCCAUUUUUGUGGGGAGAGAGUCUCAGAAUGGCUGGAGCGGGUGGAACAAGCUGUGGUCGAGCGGUCGGAUGUUGUAAAGUUUCAGCGAAUUCUCCAGUAUGUUCUCCACAGCUACCACCAAGAAGUGAAGAAAGUUAUAGAUGCGGCUCAAGGUAGCUGGGAAAGGUUCAAGGAGGGAAUGCAAAGGAAGUACCGCCUGGGAGACGGAUUGUUGACCACUACGGACCUUGAGGCGAUGAACAAAGAGGACUUUACGACGAUAGGGACCUUUGUUCAGGAAUUCAAGAAAAGGGCUCGGAAGGUCCAUGGGAUUUCAGAGGAGGCGCAGUGCUCCAUUUUUCUGGGGCUACUCACGGCAUCGAAGGCCGUCGAAUUGACAAGACAUGGAGGGGGUAGCACCAAGCUCACCUGGGCCACCAUUGACAGAGGGGUGGAAGUUGGAUGUUUGGACCAGGUGGAGCAACGUCAGGUAUGCCUGCAGAGGCAGAAGAGAAAGAAAAGAGAUGCGACCGCUUCUGGGACCCCGGGGGUAAAAAGGAUUAUUACAGACGUGUUGGCGCAACUGGGGUAUGCGACAGAGCCAGUGGUGCAGAGAAGGGUAGUGACGGCGGUUCAGGUGAAAGGAAAAGAGUCAGUGGUGGGAGAGGCCGUUGAGGAAGAGCUCUGGGAAGAGGAAGAACCGGUGCCGUCGUACCUGACGAAGGCCCAGCGCAAAGCGGCACGAACGAGAAGUCAGGCCAAGGUCAGUGCCAACCUAGAACCUUCGAGGAGGGAGAUAGAGCCAGGGAAAAAGAAGGAGGCUAUGGAAGUGGAGGAUGACGACAAUGAGGAGGAAGAGGACGAGAGGCUGCGCAGAGAAGAAGAUCAGAGAGCGGAGCAGCGGGCAAGGAAAAAGAGAGCCAGGGAAGAGGUCGAGCCGGUUGUGCGCGACGGACCACCCAAAAGGAAGAAGUAUGCGGUUUGGUUGGAGGAGGGGUUUGACGUGGAGAGAGUGAUCGACCGGCUGCUAGAAGGGCACAAUGACCUCAUGACUCUGAAGGAAAUCCUGGCGUCAGCCCCGCGACUCCGCGAUGAAUUGAAAGGGAGGUUGUCACGGCGCUUGGUGCCCAACGUCCAUCUGGGUACAAUUCUGCCCAAGGAGGCAGAGUGGGCGGAGUCAGGCACGAAGAUGGAUUGGAAAUGUGUGGCCUGCGACACGGUGGAUUUAGUGGUGAAGGGUUCCAAGUGUGCAUCAAUGGUGGACACCGGGGCGGAAAUGAACAUCAUCCGGGAGGAGGAUGCUAUCAGAUUCGGGCUGGACAUAGACCGGUCUGACUGCGGACCAUGUCGUAUCAACGAAGGGAAUGAGGGGAAGUUGAUUAUAGGGGAACCCGACUUCCUACUGCCUCAGGAGCGAGCGUUGAUGGUGGAAUUAAUGAAAAGGAGGCAUCGCGCCUAUGCGUUUAGUGACGAAGAGCGUGGCAGGCUGAAUGUGGACAGGAUACCUAUGAUCCGCAUCCACACCGUGCCACAUGAGCCUUGGAACAUGAGAGGGGCGCGAUACCCUAAUCCUGACGAGGAAAAGAAGGUGGUGGAUUACCUUGACGGCAAGAUACGUACGCACGUCGCCGACUAUUCAAGUGGACCGUAUGCGUCCCCGUGGUUCUGCUUCAUCAAACCUAACGGGACGCUGCGGUGGGUGCAAGACUUGCAGAGGCUAAAUGCGGUGACCGUGCGGGAUGCUGGAGGACUGCCGAAUGCGGACGCUCUGUCAGAAUCCUGUGCUGGAAGGCCUAUAAUUUCACUUAUAGACCUUUACUCAGGAUAUGAUCAGUUUCCGGUCUAUCCGCCGGACAGGCCGGUGACGGCUAUGCACACGCCGCGAGGAUUAAUCCACAUGAACGUAGCCCCACAAGGAUGGACUAACGCGGUAGCAAUGGUCCAACGGGCCAUUAUCCGGGCUAUGCAGUCAGUCAGCCCCCAUAUCACACAGCCAUACAUCGACGAUUUGGCGGUGAAGGGGUCGACAGUGAAGGAGAACGACGAAGUCUCGCCAGAGCAAGAAGAGGUGGUGGCCAGAAUGAAGGAGGAGUUUCGAGAAGGAGGGUUGGUGUUAGGGGCGCCAGAUUAUGAUGCCACGGAGACACGACCCUUCAUUGUCGAAACGGAUGCAGGGCCGACUGCCUUAGGGGGAGUUCUAAUUCAGGCAGACAUGGAAGGAAAGGAAAGACCCUUGCGAUUUGAGAGUCGGACUCUCUGUACGACCGAGAGGAACUACUCUCAGUUUAAGAGGGAGACCCUUGCCGUCCUCCACUGUCUGCGGAUCUUCCGGAACUACAUCUUCGGCAGGAGGUUUAUUUUCAGAGUGGACCCGACCGCCCUGGCCUACUCUCUAAGGAAUUACGUUCCAUCGGAUCCGACGGUUGCCAGAUGGCUGGUGUACAUCUGGAUGUUUAACUUCGAGUUGGAGCGGAUUCCUGGCAGUAAGAACCGGGCAGACGGACUAAGCCGGAUCAACUGGGAUAAGCAGGAAGGGGAGGCGGUGGAGAAUACGCCCCCACUUGAUGAAUUUCUGGAUCAGGAGGAAGAUGUUCGUCUCCAUAUUAACAAGUGGUCGCCGCGAGUGCCCGGCUGUCUAGGCUAUCCUAUCUGGCAAGCGCCGAGUGGGUACGAACAUAGGGCUGAGCUAAUCCUCAAACCCUUUGAAGAAGAGGAUCCCUGGGGUGGUAAGGAUGUUCAGUGGAUGAUGGAGUUGGCGCUGGUUAGUUCGCAUAGUCUGGUGGAGGACAUGAGGACGAUCGAGGAAGGACCAGGCCAGGUAGAACGACAUGAGGACCUGAUGGGAGGAAUGUAUCUCCUCGUCAACACGUUAUUGCAGGAAAGCCUCGACCAAUCAGGCUCGUUGAACCCGAUAGGGAAUGUGGAUGAAGUGCCCCAGAGCCAGGACGACGAGUUCGAGGAGGGGGAGAUUAAGGAGACCUUUCGUGCAGAAGAGUAUGAUGGGAUCUACCUAGAGCUGGGGCUUCUUUUGUCUUGCGAUAUGCGGCUAAGGGAUGCGAGCGAUAGGGCUCAGAGGAUGCUACAACGCUACUUAGUGCGUGGCGGCCACCUUUUCGUGAGAAGAGAAGUGGAGAAUCCCAGGAGAGUCGUCUGCGGUAGGAACCGUCAGAUUGACGUUAUAGCAGCGCUUCAUGACGGCAUUGCCGGAGGGCAUCGAGGGGUACAAGCCACGUAUGCCAAAAUAAGUGAGUUGUACUACUGGGAUGGGAUGAUGGACAUGGUCGGGAAAGGGAAGUUCUGCCGAUCUUGUGUACCCUGCCAGGAGAGAUCCCGUUUAAAGCAAGGAGAGCCGCUGCAUCCAAGGCUAGAGCGAGAGGUGGGGGCUGUAGUGCAUCUCGAUCUACUUUUCAUGCCGCUUGGGGAUCAGGGCUAUAACUACAUCUUCGAUGCGCGCGAUAACCUGUCUGGCUUCGUGGAUGGGCGUGCCAUUCAUGCCAAGACUGGUUCGGUCUUGGUUAGUUGCAUCGGGGAGUACUGCCUGCGUUAUCCUUUCGUCAGGGAAUUCGUAAUGGACAGGGGAUCAAAGUUUACCUGCCAGGAGGUGCAGGAGUUGCUAUCAAGGUCUGACUUUACGAAGACAGCCAUGCCAAGAGGAGGGAGGGGGACACCGCCGCCUCGGAGGCCGUUGGGGGCAUCAGGAGGAUAUGAGCGGCAUGGACCUCGCCAUCGAGAGAGCACUCCGGAGUACGAUGGUGACGACAUCGAGUUAUUCUUUGACAGUUUCUGGGAGCAUGCGUGUCGUAUGGGCUGGACCGUGACCCGGGGGAUUGAGGGGUUGAGGGGAGUCGGCAGAUUCGAGGGGCCCAUCGCGCGGAUCCGUAGGGAGGCGACGACGAGGUCAGAGGUGGAGAUGAGGAUGCAGGAGCUGCGACCCUCGCCUGUGGGACCUGAUGGCAGGCCGAUCCGCCUGGAGGUCGGGAAUGCGUCGGACUUCAUCCCCGCUUUUGAGUGGUUCAUGCAGGGGCAGCGUAUACCGAGAGACGAUUGGAUGCAGACACUACCACUUUGGACCAGGAAGGCGGAAAGACCGCUGGCUAGGCAGGCAACUUUUGACCGACACUUGCUAUUGGACAGCGAUCUGGCAGAAAAGAAGAUAAAGGAAGCAGGCCAUGGGGUAUGCCUGGAGGCUAUGGAGGUGGAAAUCCAGGAACUUAGGGCAUUGGUGGCCAGUCAGACAACUAUCAUCGAGAGCCUGAGGCAGCGAUCUCAGGGAGAGGUGGACAAGCCAGUGAGCAGCCGGCAGGGGGAGCAGAGGCAGCCAGAACAUGGUUUGCCAGGACAACCAUCUGCAGCAGAGACUCGUCAGGAGCCACCUAUGGGGAGAGUUAUCCUGGAGCCAGAGGAGGCGAGAACCCAGAGGGAGGCAGAGAGAGAGGCCUUCGAGUUCAGAGCCCCUACUGAGCUCGUGACGCUACCUAUAGCAGCGGCGGGCCCAGUCGUACCUUUGGCAGUUGAGGAUGGAUUACCACCAUUCAGCAUUGAGCCGGCUCAGGGCUCAACAGAGGGAUCUAUGGACGUGCUCAUUGAGGCAGUGCACUCGAUGCAGGAGGAGACAAGUUUGUUUUCACUUGAGUAAAGGAUAGAGGAGCCUCUUGAGAGAGAGAUGGGGAUUGAGGCGGAGGGUGUCAUCGAGGGCAGACUCCAG